GGAUGCGCGCGGCGGGCGCCCGGGCCGUGCCCGCCCUGAGGCCGAGGCAGCCGCGCGCGGCGCCCCGGCGCUGAGGCCCGGACCGGCGGCGGCGCGCCCCCCGCACCAUGAAGAAGACCCGCAGCACGACCCUGCGGCGCGCCUGGCCCAGCGCCGACUUCUCGGACCGGGCGGCCUCGGAGCGCGUGCGCUCCCGCAGCGAGAAGGACUACCGGCUGCAGCACAAGCGCUUCCCCGCGGCCUUCGCGCCCCCGGCCGCGCGCGGCUACAUGACAUCAGGUGAUGUGUCGCCCAUCAGUAUGUCCCCCAUCAGUCAGUCUCAGUUCAUUCCACUCGGGGAGAUCCUCUGCCUGGCCAUCUCGGCGAUGAACUCGGCACGGAAGCCCGUCACGCAGGAAGCCCUGAUGGAGCACCUGACCACGUGCUUCCCAGGUGUUCCCACCCCCAGCCAGGAGAUCCUGCGGCACACCCUGAACACGCUGGUGCGGGAGAGGAAGAUCUACCCGACCCCCGAUGGCUACUUCAUCGUGACCCCACAGACGUACUUCAUCACCCCUUCCCUUAUAAGAACUAACAGCAAGUGGUACCACUUGGACGAGAGGAUCCCCGACCGGUCCCAGUGCACCUCCCCGCAGCCCGGAACCAUCACGCCCUCCGCCGCGGGCUGCGUCCGGGAGAGGACCCUGCCCAGAAACCACUGCGACUCUUGCCACUGCUGCCGGGAGGACAUGCACAGCAUGCACGCAUCUACCCUGCAGCGGAAGCCCGCCAAGGACUGCAAGGACCCCUACUGCCCGGCGCCCCCCGCCGAGAAGAGCAAGAGCACCGUCAACUUCUCCUACAAGGCGGAGACGCUCUCCAAGCCCAAGGACGGCGAGAAGCCGUCCAAGAAGUUCGGGCUCAAGCUCUUCCGGCUGAGCUUCAAGAAGGACAAGACCAAGCAGCUGGCCAACUUCUCCGCCCAGUUCCCCCCCGAGGAGUGGCCCCUUCGGGACGAGGACACGCCCACGGCCAUCCCGCGGGAGGUGGAGAUGGAGAUCAUCCGGCGCAUCAACCCCGACCUCACGGUGGAGAACGUCAUGCGGCACACGGCGCUGAUGAAGAAGCUGGAGGAGGAGAAGGCGCACCGCAGCAAGGCGGGCUCCUCGGCCCACCACAGCGGCAGGAGCAAGAAGAGCAGGACCCACCGCAAGUCGCACGGCAAGUCGCGCUCCCACAGCAAGACGCGCGCGUCCAAGGGGGACCCGUCCGAGGGCUCCCACCUGGACGCGCCCGGGGAGCGGGAGUACGAGUUCUGCGACCCCCUGAGCCGGGUGCCCCGGGAGGGCUGCUUCAUCAUCGAGCACAAGGGCGAGAACUUCAUCAUGCACAGCACCCCCAGCCUGCUGGAGCCCCACUUCCCCAUGACGCCCGAGUGGGACGUGUCCGGGGAGCUGGCCAAACGGAGGACGGAGAUGCCCUUCCCCGAGCCCUCCCGGGGCAGCUCCCACUCCAAAGUGCACCGAAGCCACAGCCAUACCCAGGACCGGCGGUCCCGCAACGAGAGGCCCAGCAAAGCCAAGGAGAGGUCCAGGUCCAUGGACAAUUCCAAGGGCCCCCUGGGCACGUCCUCGCUGGGGACGCCCGAUGACCUGGCCGAGGGCUGCAGCCAGGGCGACCAAACCCCCGUCCAGGCGUCCUUCGCGGACGACGGCACUCUGAGGGCUGCCCAGGCGGCCGGCCACCAAAGGGCUCACAUUUUGUCCCCGAGCUACAAAGAGGCGUGCAUCCCCGAAAUAGUCAGCGGCGGCAAGGAGCCGUCCAGCAGCCUCCUGGAGCCAGGCAAGGCCCCCGAGAGUUUGCCGUCCUUCGGGGACCUCAAUUCCUGUCCCACAAAAGCGGCAACGGACGACUAUUUCCAGUGCAACACCUCCAGCGAGACGGUGCUCACGGCGCCCUCGCCUCUGGGAAAGAAUAAGGAGGACCAUGACCCUCUGACCAUGGCCGAAGGGGUGAAAAAGCUGCCGCUGUCCGACAGGCAGACCCCGGUCUCCUCCAGGGAGCCCGGAGGACACAAGGAGGAGUCGCCCGCGGGGCUGGGCGGGGGCCCGGCCGCUCCGGGCUCGGCGGGGGCGGCGGACGGGCUGGCCAACGGACGCCUCGUGCAGCAUCACGGCGCCGAGCCCAGCAGCCUGGACAAGAGGAAAGAGAUCUUCAGCAAAGACACCCUGUUCAAACCUCUGCACAGCACCCUGUCCGUCAACAGCUACCACAAAUCCAGCCUGUCCCUCCUCAAAGCGCACUCCAAGUCCCCCGUGGACACGCUGCAGGGCCGCUGCGAGAAGCUGGAGCCGGCCCUGGGCUCGGCGGCCGCCCAGGUCCUGCCGGCCCUGCAGCGCCAGCAGGAGCCCGGGGGCACCCAGGAAGCCUCCUUUGACUAUUACAACGUCUCCGACGACGACGACUCAGAGGAGGGGGCGAACAAAGCCGCCGAGGAGGAGAAGAACCGAGACGACGUGGGCACCAUGCAGUGGCUCCUGGAGAGGGAGAAGGAACGGGACUUGCAGAGGAAAUUCGAGAAGAACCUCACCCUCCUCGCCCCCAAAGACACGGACAGCAGCGGCCACCAGAGGGCCACCCACUCGGCACGCCUGGACAGCAUGGACAGCAGCAGCAUCACUGUGGACAGUGGAUUCAACUCGCCACGCACCAGGGAGAGCCUGGCCUCCAACACGUCGAGCAUCGUGGAAAGUAACCGCCGCCAGAACCCUACCCUGAGCCCGGCCCACAGCGGGGCCGGCCCGGCCUUCAGCUUCCGAGCGAGCACGGACACCCCCACCAGCGAAGCUGAGAAGCUGCAGAAAGCUUCCAACUGCCUGCAAGCCUCGGUGACGAGCGUGUGACGGCCGUCCGGCCCCGAUCUCCGCCCCGCCCGGCACAGCCACGUUUACGACACUGGGACUGAUGUUUACAUCUUCGGAAAGACGAGCAUCUCCCCCGCAGUUUGGGUGUUUACUUAAACUGUGCUGCUAAGUAGGCUAGAGCGAAACACACCAGCCUUUCUUUCCGAGUAUUGCUUUCUCCCAUGUAUGGCUCUGUAGCGACAGAAUAGCGGUAGGGGUGAUACGUACACUUUCUGCUUCACUAAUUGUAACUGAGCACACCUAGGAGAGUCUAGACACUGUACGUGUAAGAGCAUUUCCAAUGUCAUGCCAACGCCGUUUCUACAUGCCACGGGUGCGUGCUGCUCCCUGUCUGUGGGCAGAUGGUGCCCCCAGAACUGAUGCUCCACACUUCCAAACAAACAAACCAACAAACCAACCAACAAACACGGCGCAGCCACCGCACAGUGUCCCACGCCACGGCCCGCGGGGAGGGGAGGCCAUGCCAAACAGCCGAGAAGGGACCCCGGCCCCCGGCCCCCGGUGUGUGGAUCGCGUGGCACCGUCACUCCCUCGCUGUGAGUUUCCGUGGCGCGGUCUCGCAGGGGCCCGUGGAAGCGCGUCCGCGGGGGCUGGGGUGGAGAGCCUGGGGGGGUGUGUUGUCAGGAUUUUGUUUUUAAGUCCAAGAUGCUUGUCUUGAGUUCUAGCCGUCACCGUCACUAACAGGAAUAUAGGCCUUUGGAUCUGAAGUGGGUAGAAAGGAAGGGCCCCCAGCCUGGCGGGGCUCCGCGCUCGUGCUGGAAGCGGGGGCGCGGGCUCUUAGGAAAGGUGCGAGUGGGAAUCGGUGAGGGGAUCACUUCCUGUCCGGGAGAGGGACCGUGAUUCCUGUCUCGCCAUCAUAGAUGCGAUCAUGAGUUUGUCUAGAAAGCAAAAUGUUCUUUGUGAUACAAAUGAAGCGUAUGGCCUGGGGAUGUUAUUCUUUCUAAUGGAAGGACGUAAAUCUAUUUUAUGUAGUUUUAAAUAGAAUGCCUAAAUUAGGCUGUGGGAGAUAAUUUUUAGUGGUUCUAGGAAAGAGCAGGUUGAGGGAGAGUUGGACUUCAGGCCUUUUAUUCCUGGGAAGAUAUCUAUAGAGAAGACAUGAAGUGUAGUUUUUGACCAGAAAUAUAUAGGUGUGCCCCUGUAACGAACAACAGAAUGUGCUCAUUCUGCAAACGUGGUGUGAUUCUAACCUGUACUCCCCUUACGAUCGACCGGAACGACCAUUAUGCAUACAUGGACUAUGCCAGAGUGAUGUUUACAGAGACCGGGGCCCGGUUCAGGAGGCAUGUGUAGUCGGGUGUGUGUGGCGAUCGGCCGGCGUACUUCAGGACGGUUGGUUCGCAUUUGGCUUUGGUUUACGAUGUCACGUGGAAUGCAGAGGAAGCCGGGCGGCGGCAGAGGGAUGACAAAUAGCCAAGCUUCAGCUUUCCAGAAAAGGCUCUUUAUUUAUUUUAUGGGAGCAGUGGAAUCGACGUAGAUCAUGGGAAAAGCAUUCGCAAAAGGGUUACAUAGGACACAAGUAAACGGUCUGACAAGAUAAAACAAAAGUUUACUUAGCUCAGUGGCAUGUGAUGUUUGGAGCCAGAAAACACAUAUCCAAAAGUCAGUCUCGGAGCCAGCCACGGCUCCGCGUGUGUGAAGCCCCAGAGUCGGGCUCCCUCGCUGGCGGUCCCUUCAGAGACCGCAGUCGCCUGCGCGGCCAGACUGAUUCCUGCAUCAGUGGGGUGCUCCCUGGUGCUCCCUCAGAUAUUUGGAAGUUGCGUGGUGAGCCAGACGCCUCGGGGCUGUAUCGGCUCCUUGUCUGUGCUUAGGGCGAAACCUAAGCACAGGUCGCAGUCGGCUCCCACACCCCUGACAGGCUCCCGUCGGUUGGCGUGCCGUGCCAUGCCCCUCUUCCUCCGAGGCAUGCCCGAUGGCUCCGCCAGCCCCCGUCUCACGGCCUAACCGUGUCCAGAGGAGGGAUAGCGUCUCAGAGACUCCAUUGCGAGUCUGUUUCCCUGGGGAGUUGUAUACCAUUCAGUUACUAAAUUCUCCUGUCGAAAUUCAUCCUCCCCCCUCCUCCACUCCCCCCCAAAAGAAUCCUGCUCUGCAGUGUUCACCGUACACUCAGCUCAUAAAUAACAUAACCAUUGAAACAGCCCGCCAGCCUCAGGUUGAUCCCCUGGAAGUCCCCAUCCUCUGAAUCCAAUGCUGGAUGACCCGGAAAAAGAAAUCACUACCUUUAGGAGCUUUAAAAUAGGGAUUUAUCACUAUUUUGCAAGAAAACGGUUUAUAGAAGGCAUUGUUCCAAUAAAAUGUGUACACUUUCUGCCUGGGACAUGAUUUAAAAAACAAACACACACACAAAACAACUCCCUUAGCAGCAGCCAUGAGCAUAGGAACGGUGGACUUGGAAGGUGAUGCGAUGUAAGGCCCAGGUAGAAGCAGCCCAUCUGAUCUCUCUAGGCUUCCAGAAGGGGGGGUGGUGGUGUUGGCAGGAACCAUUUAACAGAUGUGACCCAGGAUGGCCCCCAGGCGAGGGUCUCGGGGACCACACUGCGAGGACCCCGUGUCCUCCGGGGAAAUGACAGCUUUGUGCCCACGGCUGCUUAUCGAGUCCUCCCUUCACAGUGAGCUUGCCAUCCGAAAGGCUUACAGAACCGAAUCCGGUUGAAUCUCUGUGUAGCGUUCAACGUCCGAGGGUCAACCCAUCUGUUGGCAUUUUGCACACUUAUGUAUUAUUAUGAUGCAGCAUAUUACUUUAUGGUAAUUUUUAUUUUUGCAUAUAACUACCUCCAUAAAUUUGAUGAAGCGGCAGCCGUGCGUUGAUGUGUAUUGGUCAGAAAAAUUGGAGUUUCAGAACUCGCGUGCCAUGAGGCCGUGGCGCGUGCGUGUGCGUGUGCGUGUGCGUGUGUGUGUGUGUGUGUGUGUGUGUCGGCGAUCACCUCCGUGGACUCAUGACUUUCUCAUCGCCAUGGUUUUCUUUCGCGGCAUUAUUUCACUUUCAGACGGAAGCCUGUCUAUCCCCUCCUCCCCCGCCAAGCGCACUUGGCUUUGUGAUGAAUGGUAGGAAGUUUGAAUUUCUUGUCUCCUUUCCCUGCCCGCUCCCCCCGCCCCCAAUUCUUGCUAAAAAGUUCCCCCUGGUGAAGAGCCCAUUGGUGAACAUAACAGAGCAAGCGGUUUACUCCCAUAAACAUCUGAGGUGAAUUCUCGGUUUUCAGUCACUGAAGACACACGGGACUGGGGAGCACUGGUCCUCUGCCCUCCCCACGCUGGCAUACUGAGCCCGGCGUCGCUCCUGGGAAAGAGCUGUGCCUGUGCCCACGCCCCCGGUCACACAGGCUGUGUUCCGUUUUAUAUAUCUGUCCAUCUCAGGGGACCGCAUAUGAAGGGGUGCACCAAACACAGGGAGUGGAUGGGAGAGCUGAAAGGCGAUGGGAUAGCUGGGUAAAGAUGACAAAAAAAAAAUUAAUAAAAAUAAAUGACCGCUUCUCUGACUUCAAGAAGCAGACAUUUUUUUUAAACAGUGAAACUGGGGUAACGGAGCCGAACACCAGCUGUCCCCAGGUCUCCCUUCCCCCCAGCCCAGCCAGCAUUUCUAAAAUGCAAAUUUCAGUUCCGUUAGGUCACCCGGGGGAGAGAAAAGCCCCCUGUGAUGACGACAGAAGCAUCGCCCCCUUGUUGGGCUGGCCCGGCUUCUGCCGAUGCCACCCAGGAAAGCCACUCCUCACCACGAAGUGUCCUUGGACACAGGUUUCUGGUUCAAAGCCCAGGCCUGUCGCUCACAAUCCCGUUGUGGCGACAUUCUGCAGAGGCUCGGUGCGCGCCCCGGGCAGUGCUUGGAGCUCGAUCAGAAACCCGCCCCGCCCCGUACUGACUUUGCACAUCGCCCUGGGGCCUCGGAGUGCUCCGGGAGCACCGGGCCCACAGGCCUCCCUGCACCGGCCCUCCGUCGCGCCCGUGCCUGAACACGGGGGGAGGGACACGGCGGCCCGGCACCCAGCGGCAGCUGUCGGUGGUCUCUGUUCUACCGGUCUGAUAGACAUCCUGAGCAAUCAGCCAACACAAUGCUGCUUUUUUUUCUGACGUGUGCUAAUAAAGUCAAAGAAAGCGAACACAGCGUCCCACCAUUGUCCAUCUUCAUUCAGAAAGCUCAGGGCGCCUGCCAUGUGACUCCCCCCUGUGCCCCUUCCCCGGAGCGACGGGCGGAGGGGACCGUCCAUCCGCUCCCGGCAGAGCCACCGCAGGCGGCGGUAGAUCUAGGCACAGACCCGUGUUCCCGGUUGCCUGUCGGCUCUGUGAUUCCUGUGUCUUUCAAGGAGCACGACUGCUCCGGGCGGUGGAAGGUGCCGAGACGGGAAUCUCAGUGAAGAGCCGUAUCAAGGUCUCGGCGCUUCAGCAAGCCGGCCCUUGGCGAGCCCUGCUCGGGAGAAGCUGGGUUUCCCAGGGAGCUGGUCCCGCUGGGAGUGUCCUCACAUUGGGAGAUGGGACGUCCUGGAUGGGGGCCUUCCCUGAGGCCACAGGCGGGUCACAGGACUCGCGGGCCGCGUUCUGCCGGAACGGUGGACCCCAGAAGUGGCCCUCCCCUUCCCUCUCCCAGCCCCUGUGCCCCCGGCCCGUUCUCAUGGGUUCCCGAGUGGCUCUCCCGCACAUGUUUAGGGCUCGGGGAAGCUAGGACACAGGAAACAGGAAUGCAACGGCCAUGGAGAACGUUGUUUUGCUUUGGGUCAGUCAAACAGGGGCAGGAAAGAGAUUGCCAUCGGUCUGAUCGUGGCCACGUCAGAUAACCGAAUCGGCUGUCACUCCGUCACUCUCCCAGAAGGGUUGACGGUAUGGAGGCUACAUCCAAUAUUUCCCCAUUUCAUAAAUUACACACACAAUUCAUGAUUAAACUUCCUGGUGUGUCUGAAACAGACCUCAGCAUCUCCCUGACCGAGUUCAUCUCGGGUGUCUUGCAGCAGCAUCCCAGCGAUGGCUCCCCUAGCACACCCUCCCGGGUGUUCACAGUUGUGUUUCCUACGACUUACAGUUGCUGGUUUGCAAGGUUCAGCAUUCUACCCAGCUCAAGGGGAAUUCAACCUCCUCCUUAUGAUUGUACCUUAUCUGGUAUUGGGCUUUACGUCGCUCCUGUUGGCUUCAAAUGCGAACACACACAUGCGUACACGCACGCGCACACCUGCGCACAUGCAAACGCACACAUGCGCACACACCCUGCCAACGAGGGAAGGGGCUGUUUCCCACAGGAGGCAGUGACCCCCGGGAGCCCACGGAAGGCUAGAAGCUUGGCUGGUCCACGUAUCGCCGCCUACCUCCCUGUCCGAAGGUUGACCUUGGCACCCCAUCCCCUCGCUCCCACCAAAAAGAGGUGCCCAAUCUGAGAUCGGGGGGAGGUCUCUAACCUCAGUCCUCGGCAGUUCUAGGACACGUAUCAUGAACGACACACGCAGCAGCUCCUCGCCUUCCUGUCCUCCGCUGUCCUCCCUGCCUCCCCCCCACCCCUCCCCACCUCCCCCCUCCCCACUAGAGACCCAUACACCGCCUCGGUCUCCACAUUGGAAGGGCAAAGUCGUGUGUGUGGCAUUGGCACACAUGGACGGUUAGCCCCAGAGCUAACGCCAGGUCACCUUCCUGUGAGUAUCGACAGCUACAGAUCAAGGUCCUUAGAGUAGUUGACAUAGAUACGACUUCCUAGCAGAGAAUUAAAUUUCGGCGUACAGUUUAAAAAGGGAUCGUAAUUCUGCAGGUACCCUCCUCGGAGUGACUGAAUGUGACUAUUGCAUUAGGGGUAAAUGAAUUAAGAAGUGCAAGUGGGAUUUACUGUAUGUUAGGAAGGAGUUUUGCAGCCAAGACUGCCUUGAAUAAAAAUGUGUUUGCACUGAAAAAAAAAAAAAUUUUAAAUUACUUGGUCUCUGGUUGCUGUAAAGGUCAUCCAAGAUGGAUGUUCUGUUUAUAUUGUAUAGUAUUUCAUAUGAAAUAAUUACAGUUCAUGAAAUGUCUUCCCUAAUGUUACUGAUUUAUAACAGCACAUUUGUAACAUGGUUUUUAUCGUGUCAGUGUGCCAUAUUGUAAAUGAUGAUUACUUGUCAUGCUUAGUAUAAUAACUUAAAAGAAAAAAAAAGCACAGGGAUUUUUGUAAGUCUAUAUUUGAAAGUCCCUCCACAUGGUAAUAUUGUGUUCAUGUUGUUUCUGUAGUGUUGUGUGGAAUAUCCAUUUUGGAUUGUGUUACUUUUUAAAAUAUUAAAUAACAUUUGGUUAUA